AUGGACUCGACCCUACGCCCAGCCAACAACCCCCAAGCGCCUCUUGUCGGCUCCUCCGCCUCCUUCGCUCCUUCUGCAGCAACCCUCGCUCCUUCCACCGACCAGUCCACUAUGACCGCACAGGCCCAAUCUACCUUGGAGAUUGCCACGAAUGCGACAAAGCAGGUGUUCUCUUCGCCCUCGCUACAACCCUCUACAUGUGCCCCGCAAACCUCCGCUUCGAUGCAACCCUUGUCACAGACACUAAGCAACGCCUCCAACUCGGCUGCCUUACCUAUCGCCCCCGCAGCGGGCAACUCUCAAGGCCUUUUGCCUUUGAAUGCAGCGCCUGCUUCGGCCGAGAACUACCCCCACCAGAUAAAUGGUCUCGGGGGUCCUACGGCCACAGCGCCCUUCUUGCAGGAUUUUAAUCUUGUGGCCGAGGCGGCCAAACGGGCCCAGAUGGGUAUUGUCAUGCGCGACCUCGAGAGCGUGACUCUAUGA